UAAAAGUCAAAGUUCCAUUUUUACAUGUCCACUCUUAAUUUCUCCGUCAUCUUCUCUUCCUUUCUAUCCCUGUCUGAACUCCAUAGUCUGAGCUGUUGUCGUCUGGGAAAAAAUAAAAAUCAACAUGAAUGGCAGAGAAAUCCUUCAAAAGAUGAAGGUGAAAGCAGGGUUCGGAACAUCAUCAGGAGGUGACCGAGGUAAAGGAAAAGGCAAAAUGUUAAAAAACAUAACACAUGGAUUUCACCUGGUGAAGGGGAAAUCAGCUCAUGCUAUGGAAGACUAUGUAGUUGCAAAAUUCAAGCAAGAGAAGGACAAGGAAUUAGGGUUGUUCGCAAUAUUUGAUGGCCAUUUAGGCCAUGAUGUUGCAAGCUAUUUGCAGAACAACCUUUUCGACAACAUCCUAAAACAGGAAGACUUCUGGACUGAAACAGAAAGUGCAGUGAAGAGAGCUUACCUUAUAACAGAUGAGAAAAUAUUGGAACAAUCGUUUGAGUUGGGACGAGGAGGAUCAACCGCCGUAACUGCAAUCCUUAUCAAUGGUCAGAAACUUGUAGUGGCAAACGUUGGAGACUCUCGAGCUGUUAUUAGCAAGAAUGGCAAGCCCAAGCAACUAUCCAUCGAUCACGAGCCAAGCAAAGAAAAAACGAUGAUCGAGAGCCGUGGUGGUUUCGUCUCAAACAUUCCAGGAGAUGUGCCUCGUGUUGAUGGAAAGCUUGCUGUAGCGAGGGCUUUUGGUGAUAAGAGCUUAAAGAUGCAUCUUAGUUCUGAACCUGAUGUGGUUGUGGAGACGGUAGAAGAAGACACAGAGUUCCUAAUCCUGGCAAGUGAUGGAAUAUGGAAGGUGAUGACAAACCAAGAAGCAGUGAAUUGUAUCAGAAAAGCAAAGGAUGCUCAGGCUGCAGCCAAGCGUUUGAUAGAAGAAGCUGUUGCUAGGAACAGUAAGGAUGACAUAUCCUGCAUCAUUGUCAAGUUCCAAUAGUGACACAAUAAUUUCUUGAAUAAGCCAAUGCAAUCUGAUCUUGAAAGUUACCAGAGGGAUGGACUAUAUAAGGAUGAUGGGGGUAUAAUGUUUCCACGCCAACCCAUUGGGUCUCAAUGAUCAAAUCGAAUCAAAUGUUGUUUUACUUUUCCCUCAAGGUUCUUUGAAGACGCUUACUGUUAUUAUAAUGUAUGUUCUGUAAUUGUAUAAAUAUCAUAUUACUUGCGGUUUAUUUAUAA